AUGAAGUGUUUUCAUUACUUCAAGGAUAGAACAAAGACCAGGGAACAAAGAUCAGCACCAAUACUGAAAAACCAAAGCAAAUCAGACAUUUCGGAAACUGAGAGGGUGACAAAGUCUUCAUGUUCAGCUCCUUCAACCCGCAGUAUCCCCGAAUUGUAUGAAGAGAAGGCUCAGAACUUGAGAGUCUUUACAUUCUCGGAGCUUAGGCAGGCCACCAAUGGCUUCAGUAGGCUUUUGAAGAUUGGAGAAGGAGGAUUUGGAAGUGUAUAUAAAGGUACUAUCAAGCCUGUUGCUGGAAAGGGUGACCCUAUUGUGGUUGCCAUUAAAAAGCUCAACAAAGAUGGUUUUCAGGGUCAUAAACAAUGGUUGGCGGAGGUACAAUUUCUUGGUGUUGUGGAGCACCCAAAUCUUGUCAAACUUAUAGGAUACUGUGCUGUGGAUGGAGAAAGAGGAAUCCAGCGGCUACUUGUGUACGAAUUUGUGCCGAAUAAAAGCCUGGAAGAUCAUCUUUUCAACAAGGCAUACCCAGCUCUUCCUUGGCAAAGAAGAUUACAGAUAGUGCUUGGAGCAGCUCAAGGAUUGGCUUAUUUGCACGAAGAACUAGAAGUACAGGUUUGGACUUUACCUUAG